CCCGGGCCCCCAGCCCGGAGCCGGGCUCUGCACGCUGGGAGCCCGGGGCUCGGGGCGCAGAGGCUGCGCUGUCACAUGGGCGGCGGCGGCGGCGGCGGGGCGGCAUUUAAGCGGCUGGGGGACGGCGCCCGCCUCCAGCGCGUCCUCUGGCUCGGCUCCCGCCGGGCGCCCCGGGCUCCGCCUGCGGGGGGUCCGGCCGCGCCGCCCCCGCCCCUGCCGGGCCAUGCGAGCGCGGGCACCGCCGCGAUGAGCUCGUCCAUUGCCAAGAGCGAGUCCAAAACGUCGCUGCUGAAGGCGGCGGCGGCGGGCGGGGGCAGCCGGGCUCCCCAGCGCUCCGCGGCGGCGGCGGGCGCGGAGCCCCGCCAGGGCCCGGCCCGGGAGCUGGGGCCGCACGGCCGCCGCCCCCCGCGCCUGCAGCCCGGCUGCCCCGGGACGCCGCCGCCCGGGGACCCCAGCUCGCGGAGGCCCCUGUGCAGACCGGGGCCGCGGGAGGACGGGACUCGGGGGAGCUGGCGGCGCCCCCCGGCCCCCGGCAGCCGGGAGUCUCCGCCGCCGCCGCCGCCGCCGCCGCCCCUCGGGCGGGAUGGGGAGGAACGGGGGCUGUCCCCGGCGCUCGGCCUCCGGCGGCGCUCCCGGGAGUCCCUGCGGGCGGCCGGAGCCCGAGCCGGAGCCGCGGCGCCCGAGGCAGACCCGUUCCUCCACCGGCUGCGCCCCAUGCUCAGUUCCGCCUUCGGCCAGGACAGAGAGCUUCGACCAGAGGAGAUUGAAGAACUACGAGAAGCCUUCAAAGAAUUUGACAAAGACAAGGAUGGCUACAUCAACUGCAGGGACCUGGGCAACUGUAUGAGAACAAUGGGCUACAUGCCUACCGAGAUGGAACUGAUUGAACUCUCUCAGCAAAUCAAUAUGAACUUGGGAGGCCAUGUGGAUUUUGAUGACUUUGUAGAGCUGAUGGGCCCAAAACUCCUGGCAGAAACAGCAGAUAUGAUUGGAGUAAAGGAGCUUCGAGAUGCUUUCCGAGAGGUGAGUGAUCCCCAAUGCAGUGUUUAUUGCGCACUUAUUACAUUCCAAGCGCUGUGCCCGGUGCUGGGGUACAAAAACGUAGAACUGCUCUUGUCCUCAAGGAGCUUCAACCUAACUGAGAGAUGCAACUUAAAAACAUUUUUAAUAGUAUUUUAUUUUCCCCCCAGUUACCUGUAAAGAAAACUUUAACCAUUUUUUGUGGU